AGUUAUUGUGAUUGCCAUCUUAUUUUUUCUAUUUUUUUUUAUCUGUGCCCAGGUAUCAUCAGGCUCCCCAAAGCCCCAAAAACUCCCGUAAAGAGCAAGGUGGUGCCUCGACAGUCACUAGCGGCUAUAGUGAAGGAUUUAGCUAUCUCGGCUCCACUGAAACUGAAGGCUUCCAGGGGACCUCCAACACCCAUCAACAGGAACCAGGCCAGCCAGCCCAGAGUGGGACAAAGCUUGCUGGGCAAGAGGGGGUUUGACAGCGCUUCAGGUACACCAUACCCAGCCAAUGGCAGGCCGUAUACUUCAGGUAUGAGGACCACUUCUCAGUCGGUCAUCAAACGGCAGAAGGUGAGCCAGGGCGAGGCUCCCAACCCCGUGGUGUUUGUGGCUACGAAAGACACCAGGUAUGUUUGUCCUCAGGCCUGUACCUGUCGGUUUCACAUCUUUUGUAAUUUUCAAAAUUUUUUGUUGUCAUGCCCAGGGG